UGAUUGAAUUUACACAUAUUGUUUCGAAGAUGCCGAGCUCUCGACAUGAAAAAGUUCGUAGCCCCAAUGCAGCACGAAACCAUAGCAAAAAAUCCUCUCAUAAGCCAAAGAAAAGUAAGAAAAAAUCUAGACAGGGGAACUCGACUGAAAAGCUCAAAGAGCAAUAUGAGGAUAUAUCAUCUGCCUCUGAAGAGCCAGAGCCCGAACGAAAGUAUAGUUCAAUCUCUCGAAGCCCUUCACCCACUGUGGUGAAAAAAGCAAAAUCAAAUGAAAAGAAAAAGAAACCGAGAAAGGACAGUUCAAAUUCCGACACGAAAAAGAAGCAUAAAAGGAAAGGAAAGUCAUCAGGGCCUGACGAUGGUAACCGUACAACAGGAUCUCUCUCGCCCGUGUCGAAAUCAAGAUGGAAGGAGCGAACACCGUCCGACUCGACGCCAAGCAAAUCCAGAGACUCAUUUCGUCACGUUCCGAUAGUAUCCCCGCCACUGGAGGAGCCGGUAUCGCCUCCAUUACCGUGGGCUUAUAGGAAACAUUCGCCAAGCGUCAGCCCCCCCAUUUACAAGGGAAGGGAACAGCUCAAAUCAAAGUCACCUAAGAGGACUUGGUCUAAUUCACCAUUUAGGCAUAAAUCAAGAUCACCGUUUCGUUCACCACAAAAGGAAAGGAUACCACAUCAAUCUCCAGAAAGGCUACCUUCAUGGUCACCUGUACGACAGUCUCCUUUCAACAAGACUCAUAGGAGGUUGUCUCCUCCAAGGCGUUCACCAUCUCCAUACAGGAAUAUGAGAAUUAAAAGUCGUAGUCCUUCGCCCUACUGGGGGUCUCGACAGAGAAGCUUGACACCACCAGCAUAUCGAAAAUCCAGACAUCGGAGUAGAUCCUUGUCACCAUACCGUAAAAAGUACAGCCGUUCACCUUCUCCAUAUUGGACAUCAGUAAACAGGGUGCGCUCACCAAUAAGGCCUUCAAGGCCUAGGGUGUCCCCUGUCUAUAAUUCAUCAUCUCAGAAGACUUCUAGUAAGAAAGGAUAUUCACAAAAACCCUCAUCCUCAAGAGAUAGUUAUGACAGGAGGGAGAGCAGGAAUUCAGAAUCCAAACCCUCUUCAUCCUCCUCUAAGAAUAGAAAUACUGGCUUGGAGAGGGGAAGAGUACAGGACUUUGGUAGAGAUAGAAGGGACUACUCCAGUGACAAAAACAGAAAAGAGGUACCUAAAACCAUGAAGGUUCAUCAGGACUUUGGCAACUCAAAUGAUGUUAGAAAGACUAGUACAGUUAGUAAUUCCAAAGAGAAAAAGCCCCCCGCACCACUACCUAAAGCACAUAAUGAGAAAAUAGCACCUUUACCUUCUUUGAGAGCAUCAGCAGCAACUCUCCCCCCCUUGCCAUCCGACGAGCCACCUCCCCUCCCUCCAGAUGAAGAGAAGCCUCCUCCACCGCCAGCACCUGCGCUGCCACCAUUACCCCUGCCUCCGGAACUGCCUGGUUCCCCCGGGGACUCUCCUCCUGCUACCUCGCCUAAACAGCCACCAUUACCUCCUAAACAUAGCAAUGGCCCGCCUCUUAGACAGACUCCAAUGUCAAGCAGCCUGAGUGCUACCCCCGUUUCUACUCCUGAUACAACGCCUAGGACGCCUGCUGACCCAGAGUGGGGUGAGCGUUGUGUUGACAUGUUUGAUAUCAUAGAACAGAUUGGAGAAGGCACUUAUGGGCAGGUGUACAAAGCUAAAGACAAGAUCACAGGGGAAUUAGUGGGCUUGAAGAAAGUCAGGACGGACAAUGAAAAGGAGGGCUUUCCUAUUACUGCUGUAAGGGAGAUCAAGAUUCUGUGCCAGCUCAAUCAUCCUAACAUUAUCAACCUCAAGGAAAUAGUCACUGAUAAGCCAAAUGCUUUGGACUUUAGAAAGGAUAAGGGUGCAUUCUAUCUUGUAUUUGAAUACAUGGACCAUGACCUGAUGGGCCUGCUAGAGUCUGGUCUCGUCCAUCUCACAGAAGACCAUAUCAAGUCAUUCAUCAGGCAGUUAUUAGAUGGACUGAACUACUGUCACAAGAAGAACUUUCUUCACCGUGAUAUUAAAUGCUCAAACAUCUUGCUCAACAACAAGGGUGAGAUCAAGCUGGCCGAUUUUGGCCUUGCAAGGCUGUAUGAAGCCGAUGAAAGAAGACCGUAUACCAAUAAGGUGAUCACGUUAUGGUAUAGACCUCCUGAGUUGUUACUUGGUGAGGAGAGAUAUGGACCCGGCAUAGAUAUAUGGAGCGUUGGAUGCAUUCUUGCUGAGUUAUUCACAAAGAAGCCAAUAUUUCCAGCAUAUCAAGAGAUUGGUCAACUGGAGCUGAUCAGCCGUGUAUGUGGUACGCCAACCCCUGCUGUUUGGCCCAGCAUCAUCAAUCUCCCACACUUCCACAGUAUCAAGCCCAAAAGACAGUAUCGGAGAAGGAUCCGAGAAGAGUUCAACUUCCUACCAGAAGAUGCGCUUGACCUGUUUGAUGCGAUGCUGACACUGGACCCAAGCCAGAGGAUCACGGCAGAGAAGGCCCUUGAGCAUCCCUUCCUCACUGAUGUGAACCCUCACAAUAUCAUCCCACCAAGCUUACCUACAUGGCAGGACUGUCAUGAAAUGUGGUGCAAGAAACGCAAGCGCAAAGCUGGUGGACGCCUUAGUGGUGAAGAUGCAAAGCAUCAAAAGAUGGACUCACAGGCGGGAGGUGUGGAGCCUGAAGGGGACGGGCGUGGCAGCCAACCAGGUCAAGAGGGUGACCUUACUGCUUCCCUCAAGGCAGGCUCUGACUUUCCUGCAUACUCCGAGGGCCGCCCACACGAGCAGCUAGUUGAAGAUGAAGAUAGUUUGGACUACAGCCAGAAGUUGGGCUACAGCGAUGCUCACUAUAAAACGGACUAUGUGGAUGUGCAGACAAACCAGUCAUUCCACUCCUCUGAGGGGAAGGCAGAGUACAGAAGCGCGAUGAAUACUUUAUCUUACCAACGAACUGAAUCCAUCGCAGCUAGUGAUGGUGGUAAAUCGUACAGUGAGACGGCUCCUUACCACUACGAACAGCUCUCCCCCCCAUCUUCCCACCCUGAUGACUAUAAAGACAGCAGGGAGUAUGCAAGUUACGGAUAUGCACCAGAAUCUAUCACUAGUACAAGGGAAUUUGACAGGUCUGGCCUUAAUCCAGGGGAUGCAGAAAGACUGAGAUUCCGUGGCCAGUUUAGCAAUAACUAUGCAAGAGAGAAUACUGUGUACAAGCCCCGGCAGGAGUCCAGUUAUGACCGGUAUAGAGAUGGCGUGGAUGCUCAGGAUGAAACCCCUGAAGGAAGGGGGGAUUCUUUCCCACAUUGGUGACCCUUUCCUCUCGUUUGUGAUGGACAAGUCUAUUUUACAGCAGAAGUGCACCUCAAACUUCUCAUAUGGCCUUGCAUUUGUUGGUCUUAUAGUUGUUGAAUUGAAUGGAAUAUUUUUGACAUACUAUUUUGUUAAGUGCCUGUAUCAGGAGAAGGCCUACAAUGAUUCGUUCAAACGAUGCAUCCAUCAGGCUUCCUUAAUGGCGAAUUGCCAAGAUGCCAAACGUGCGCAGUUAGAUGCUUCUCGGAUUACAAUGAUUCGUUCAAACGAUGCAUCCAUCAGGCUUCCUUAAUGGCGAAUUGCCAAGAUGCCAAACGUGCGCAGUUAGAUGCUUCUCGGAUUACAAUGAUUCGUUCAAACGAUGCAUCCAUCAGGCUUCCUUAAUGGCGAAUUGCCAAGAUGCCAAACGUGCGCAGUUAGAUGCUUCUCGGAUUACAAUGAUUCGUUCAAACGAUGCAUCCAUCAGGCUUCCUUAAUGGCGAAUUGCCAAGAUGCCAAACGUGCGCAGUUAGAUGCUUCUCAGAUUACAAUGAUUUGUUCAAACGAUGCAUCCAUCAGGCUUCCUUAAUGGCGAAUUGCCAAGAUGCCAAACGUGCGCAGUUAGAUGCUUCUCGGAUUACAAUGAUUCGUUCAAACGAUGCAUCCAUCAGGCUUCCUUAAUGGCGAAUUGCCAAGAUGCCAAACGUGCGCAGUUAGAUGCUUCUCGGAUUACAAUGAUUCGUUCAAACGAUGCAUCCAUCAGGCUUCCUUAAUGGCGAAUUGCUAAGAUGCCAAACGUGCGCAGUUAGAUGCUUCUCGGAUUACAAUGAUUCGUUCAAACGAUGAUGGUGCACGUGAAUGAAAUCUCUCUAUUAAAUUAUAUGUGUAGUCCAUCACAUUUUUCUAACUCUGUUUUGUGUUUACUAGCUUCCUUUGCUUCUUUUGUAAAUAGCCAUUUGUACCACAGUGUAAAUAGCCCGCAGCCCCCGCCAUGGGAGAUGAGAAUUCGUUGGUCCGUAAAGUAUAAUUUUGAUACAAAUUGACUGGGACAGAAUUAAUUUGUGUCACUUCUUAGAAAAUAAAAGAAACUUGCUGAGAGUAUUAAAAUUUAUUUUCAUCCUU